CCGCGAUUGGUUCUGUUUUUAAUUUUUUUUUUUAAACAGACAAAAAUAAUAAUAAUAAAAAAUUCUGAAAAGUUUACCUAUGAUUCCGAGCCACCGAGAACACCAUUGAAGUUGCUCUAAGUUUUUUUUAAAAAAAACCUUGAUAUCUUACUCAUAAAUUUAUAAAGCCAAUAUACAAGUGCUCUAAAUAUUUUGCUCUUAACAACAAAAAAGGAAAAAAAAUCAUUUAGAGCACAAGAUAAAAUAUGAACUUGCCAAAAGCUUGUUAACGUUUCUUUACAUAAUUGAUUAUACAUUCCAUAUUCCCAAUAAAUAACAAUUUCUACUUUUCAUUUUUUUGGUUCUCUUUUUGUGUACUGUAUAUACCCAAUAGAUAACAAUUUAUAUUUUCCAUUUUACUAUAUUCUUUGAUAUACAUAUACUGUAUGUUCUUUCUCCCUCUCCAGUCUCCUUCACACAAAACAAAAUCUAUCAUGGCUGAAGCUGAGAAGAAGACUGCAACGGAGAUGGAGAGGAAACUGAAGAAAGAAGAGAAGGCUAAAGAGAAAGAGAUGAAGAGGCAAAAGGCUUCUGAGAAAGCAAAGCUCGCCCAAGUGAAGUCGGCAAAACCCAAACCAGUAACCGACAAGAAGAUCAACAAAGACGAAGAGACUCCUUCAGACACUCCUCCUGGUGAGAAGAAAAGGCUGUCUUCACAGAUGGCCAAGCAGUACAACCCUUCUGCUGUAGAGACAUCAUGGUAUGAAUGGUGGGAGAGAUCCGAGUUCUUCAAAGCCGACACAAAGAGCACCAAACCAAAGUUUGUGAUUCUUCUUCCUCCUCCCAACGUUACAGGAGUCUUACACAUCGGUCACGCUCUAACAUGUGCGGUCCAAGACACACUCAUCCGUUAUAAAAGAAUGUCUGGCUACAACGCACUGUGGCUUCCUGGUUUCGACCACGCAGGCAUCGCUACACAAGACGUGGUCGACAAGGAUCUAAUGCGUAAGACAGGGAAGACCAGCCGCGACAUUGGUCGCGAGGAGUUCUUGAAAAAAGCCUGGAAGUGGACACACAAGUACAGCGGCACGAUAAAGACACAGCUGAGGCGUUUGGGGUCGUCUCUUGACUGGUCUCGCGAAUGUUUCACUAUGGACGAGGAGAGAUCAAAGGCUGUGGUUGAAGCCUUUGUGAGGCUGCACAAGGAAGGUGUUAUCUACAGAGGUGAUCACCUUGUUAACUGGGACUGUUUCUCAAGAACAGCUAGGUCCGAAGAAGAGAUUGAUCAUGUUGAGAUCAAAGGGAGAACGUUAAGGAACGUUCCUGGCUAUGAGAAGCCUGUAGAGUUUGGUUUGAUGACUUCAUUCGCUUAUCCUCUCGAGGACGGAUCAGGAGAAGUUGUUGUUGCAACUACUAGAAUGGAGACGAUGCUCGGCGAUACCGCCAUUGCUGUUCAUCCUGAUGAUGCAAGAUACAAGCAUCUUCAUACAAAGUUUGUUGUGCAUCCAUUCAAUAAAAGGAAGCUACCGAUCGUCUGCGAUGCAGACCUCGUUGAUCCGGAGCUUGGUACUGGCUGUGUUAAGAUCACUCCAGCGCAUGAACAAAAGGACUACGAGCUUGGGAAGCUCCACCAUCUAGAGGCUGUAAACAUAUUCACCAAUGAUGGUAAGAUCAAUAAGAACGGUGGGUCUGAAUUCGAAGGAAUGCAACGGUAUGUGGCUCGUGAAGCUGUUGUGGAAGCUCUGCGUAGGAAAGGACUGUUGAGAGGUGUGGAAGAUAAGGACAUGAGGAUUGGUAUUUUCUCAAGGAGUAAUGAUGUUGUUGAGCCUAUGUUGAAGCCUCAGUGGUAUGUGAGAUGCAGCACAAUGGGUAAGGAGGCGCUUGACGCUGCUGGUGACGGUAAGCUCGAGAUUAUACCAAAGCAGUACUCAGCAGAUUGGAGGAGAUGGUUAGAGAACGUGCAUGACUGGUGCAUCUCUAGGCAGAUUCUAUGGGGUCAUAGGAUCCCUGCUUGGUACGCAACUCUAGAACAAGACCAGCUUAAGAAGUUUGGUACUUAUAUAGACCAUUGGGUUGUUGCUAGAAACGAGGAAGAAGCUAGAGAAGAGGCUGAAGUUAAAUUUGCUGGGAAGAAGCUGUUGGAUCUCUCUCAAGAUCCUGAUGUGCUUGAUACAUGGUUCUCUUCAGGGCUGUUUCCUUUAUCUGCUUUCGGAUGGCCAGACCAGACAGAAGAACUCAAAGCUUUCUAUCCAGGUUCUGUUCUUGAGACAGGGCUUGACAUUCUUUUCUUCUGGGUGGCUCGCAUGGUUAUGUUGUCUAUGAAACUGAGUGAUGGGGUUGUUCCUUUUAGUAAAGUUUAUCUGCAUCCUAUGGUACGUGAUGCACAUGGACGCAAGAUGUCAAAGUCUCUUGGAAAUGGUAUUGAUCCGCUUGAAGUUAUCAAUGGUGAGUCUCUUGCUGCUCUUCAGACUAGGUUAGAGAAAGGUAACUUGGAUUCCAAGGAGCUCGUUGUUGCCAAGGAAGGGCAAGUGAAGGAUUUUCCUAAUGGUAUCCCUGAGUGUGGCGCUGAUGCUCUUCGGUUUGCUUUGGUUUCUUACACUGCUCAGUCUUAUAACAUAAACAUGGAUGUUCAAAGAGUUGUUUGUUAUCGCCAGUGGUGUAAUAAGCUGUGGAAUGCUGUUAGGUUUGCAAUGAUGAAGCUUGGAGAUGAUUAUAAACCUCCUGUGAAAACUAUGUGCCCUGAAACCAUGCCUUUUAGUUGUAGAUGGAUUCUUUCCGUGUUGAACAAGGCAGUGAUAAAGACUGUGGAUUCAUUGAAUGGUUUUGAGUUAGCUGAUGCAGCCAAUACUGUUUACUCUUGGUGGCAGUAUCAGUUUUGUGAUGUGUUUAUUGAAGCAAUCAAGCCUUGUUUCUCUGGUGAAAACUCAGACAGGACACAUGCGCAAGAUACUCUAUGGGUGUGUCUCGAGACUGGCUUGAGAAUGCUGCAUCCGUUUAUGCCUUUUGUUACGGAAGAGCUGUGGCAAAGGUUGCCUUCACCGAAGGGUUGUGAACGGGAGGCUUCUAUCAUGAUAUGUGAGUAUCCGUCUCCCAUAGAGAAGUGGACAGACGAGAAGGUGGAAGCUGAAAUGGAAAUGGUUAUGGCGACUGUGAAGACUAUUAGGGCACUGAGAGCUGCUGAGUCUAUGGAGAGACAGAGGAAUGAGAAGUUACAUGCGUUUGCUCUCUGUGGAAAUAUAACAACUCUGGAGAUUGUGCAGUCUCAUGAGCUGGAGAUCAGAACUCUUGCAAGUCUCUCAUCUUUUGAGGUUGUGUUGAAGGGAGAAGACAGAUCAUCUCAAGCUGGAUCAGCUGUUGUUGAGACGGUGAACGAGAACCUCAAAGUGUAUCUCAAAGUGGAUGGAGCAGCUAUAGACCCAGAAGCUGAACGUGAGAAAAUGAGAAAGAAGACUGAAGAGAUACAAAACCAAAAGGAGAAGUUGGAGAAGAGUAUGGGUGUGAGUUGGUAUGAAGAGAAGGUUCCUGCACACAUUAAGGAAGAGAAUGCAAGGAAGCUUGAGAAGCUUCUUCAAGAGUUGGACCUAUUUCAGGAGAGUUAAUCAUCUUCUAGUCUUAUAGACUUUUAUUUUUCCUUUAUAGGCCUUAUCAAGGAACUUAUAGUCAUGACUUUAUUGUGAGAAGAUUCUGACUUUUUAAAUGAAAUUAAAAUAUUAUAAUGCAGAUGAUCAAACUUGAUACCUCCUCCAAGAAUUCAACCUAUGUACUUUCGUUUAUAGUCUAAUGUAAUAAUAAGCAAAGUUAACACAGAACAAUAGGUAUGUGUUUGUUGUCUAAUCAAACUUCUGAUCUUAUAAUACCAAAUAUAAAAAUAGUUGAUAAAAUAUUAUCUUAAAGACCAAAGACGCAACAAGUUAAAAUGAGGCUUUGAUCAGAGAUGAACCUGGUCGACCUUAAACCCAAUUCAAGUUUAAAUCAUGAGGCUUAAUUUACGGUAUAAGUGGUAUUGGGAAGACUACACUUGCAAAACGUUUCUAUAACAAGAUCAUCGAAAACUUCGAGGAACAACGACUUUUCAUCUCAAACAUUAGAGAAAAGUCAUCAGGACAAGAUGGCUUAGUCAACCUACAAAAAACUUUCAUUACUGAACUGUUCCGUCCGGCUCCUGAGAUAGAAGAUGUUAAUGAGAAGAUAAGAGAGAAAGUUCAUGAGAAGAAGAUUCUUGCGGUUUUAGUCGAUGUUUGAUAGUAAUUAGUAAAGACCAGGUUGAUGUGCUUGUCAGUGAAAGAAGAUGGUAUGGUGAAGGAAGUCUUAUAGUCAUCACUACCAGAGAUGAGGAGAUUCUUAAUAGACUCUCUGUGAACCAAAAAGUAUGAGGUCAAGUGCUUGAAUGAGGAUGUGUGAUCAGAUUAGAGACAUGGGAAUGCAGAUGGUUGUUGAAGAAAGCGGAGAGUGUCCUGGAAUGCGAAGUAGACUAUGGGACCGUGGUGAAAUCAUGACAAUGCUGAACAACAUGAAGGUUUUUAUUCUAUCUACUGCAAUAACAUCAUUUGUAUUUGACUCCUAUGCUCAAUUGCUCAUGAUGUUGUUUUCCUGUCAUGGGGAUGACAGGAAACAUCUUCCAUCCGAGGAAUUGUACUAGACUUCAAAAAGAAGUUUGUAAGGCAGCCAAGUGCAGAUGGCAUAAGCUCUGCGUUUAGUUACAUGAUGAGUAUAUUUGUAAGAUUUACAUCAGAGGAUGAGAGUUCUGUAAUCACCAUUUCUGUAGAGCAUUUUGUACUGAUGAAGAAGUUGAGACUUCUUCAGAUUAGUCAUGUGGAGCUGCAAGGAAAUCUCAACCUUCUUCCAGCUGACCCUGCAUGAAAGUGAUGUGCAGUGCAUUUGAUGCUUUCUUUUGGCGCUAGUGGACCAAGUUUAGUUGUCGGUUUAGAUUUGGUAUACAAAACUCGAACCAGAAAUACAUGAUCUAUAAUGGUAUUUUUUUAACUUUUAAAUAUCUGUUAUUUAUCAAUGCUAUUAAAACAGAAUCACAACUUAAACCUAAAUUUGAUUAACGAAUUUAAACAUUUAUAUUAACUAUGCUUAUUAAUAUGUCACUUAAAACCUUAAUUAUUUAACUAACUCAACUAGAUAUUCUUUUUAAAUAAAUUAAACAUAAUUAUACAGAUUUUUUUUUUGAUAUUGCAAUCUAAUAAAAUUUUACGAGAUCUUCAAAAAAAAAUUAUACAUUUUUGAAUAACUAUAUAAACUUUAUAAAUAUCA